GUGAUGCCAUGGCCGCUGCGAGCUCCAGCAGGGCCAGGGCCGGGCCGCCCUGCGAGAAGUCCCAGCUCUCUGUGAAAGUUGUGUCCGUGAAGCCCAAGGCGCACAGCCGCCCGUCACGGAUGAACUGCUACGUGGAGGUGGCGGGCGACGGGCUGCCCAGCGAGACCAAGAAGACGGGGAAGCAGAUCGGGAGCUCUGAGCUGCUGUGGAACGAGAUCCUCAUCCUGAAUGUCACGGCUCAGAGCCACUUGGACCUGAAGGUGUGGAGCUGCCAUACCCUGAGGAACGAGCUGCUGGGCACUGCUUCCGUCAGCCUCGGCAACCUGCUGAAGAGCGGCGGGAAACUGGAGAACAGGCAGCUGACCCUGGACCUGCAGACGGAGAACAAAGGCAGCGUUGUCUCUGGCGGAGAGCUGACGAUUUUCCUGGACGGGCCUGCUGUUGAUCUGGGAAGCCUGCCUAAUGGCAGUGCCGUGACAGAGGGUGAGUGCUGCCCAUCUCCGCAUGCAUGCGGCGGCUCUGAGCACGAGGCGGUGAGCAGCAGUGGGGAGAGGAGUGGGGCUGAGAGCACGGCCCCCGGGACCUCUGAGCAAGCGUCCGAGUGCCAGCAGCCGCCUCCUCUCCCAGGGUCCCAGCUGCCUGGACGGGACCCCGGCAGCAUGGCUACAGCCACGGAGGGCAGACACCAGCCUCCCAGUACAAACUGCUUUGGAAGCAGACCGAGGACACACCGACAUGCGGCUGGAGUGGCCAGGCAAAACACAGGGAGCGGAGAGCAAAGUCCCAGUGCCAGGAGCCGGCACCGGCAGCAGGCCAAGAGCACGCAGCACGCCGGCAUGGCCAACGGCACAGCCAACGGCACAGUGAACGGAGAUGCAGCGGGUGCUGCAGACAUCGAAGAGGAAAGGCCGGCAGCGGGAGCAAGCGUACCGACCCCGGUGGCGUCGAGCGUGGCUGACAGCUCCGUCGCUCCUGCCCUUCCUGCCUUGACCAGCUCUGGAGAGGCAGAGGAGGCAGCCUCCGGCUCCAGUGCCCUGCCAGCCCGGGCAGCGGUGCUAGCCCUGGAUGCUCUGCCCCCGGGUAAGUGGGAACAGCGAGAGCUGCCUAAUGGUAGAGUCUACUAUGUAGACCAUAACAGCAAGACCACCACGUGGGAGAGACCGCUUCCUCCGGGGUGGGAGAAACGCGUGGAUCCUCGAGGCAGGUAUUACUACGUGGACCACAACACCCGGACCACCACGUGGCAGCGCCCCACGGCCGAGUACGUCAGGAACUAUGAGCAGUGGCAGUCCCAGCGAAACCAACUCCAAGGAGCCAUGCAGCAGUUCAGCCAAAGAUUCCUGUACCAGUCGUCCGGCGCCCCGUCUGACAAUGAUCCUCUCGGUCCCCUUCCUCCCGGCUGGGAGAAGAGACAGGACAAUGGGCGAGUGUAUUACGUGAAUCACAACACACGGACCACCCAGUGGGAAGACCCUCGCACGCAGGGGAUGAUCCAGGAGCCGCCGCUGCCGCCCGGCUGGGAGAUGAAGUACACGAACGAGGGCGUGCGCUACUUUGUGGACCACAAUACUCGCACCACCACCUUCAAGGACCCGCGCCCUGGAUUCGAGUCUGGGAGCAAGCAGGGUGGCUCCCCGGGGGCGUACGACCGGAGCUUUCGCUGGAAGUACCACCAGUUCCGCUUCCUCUGCCACUCGAACGCGUUGCCCAGCCACGUGAAGAUCAGCGUUUCCCGACAGACGCUCUUUGAGGACUCCUUCCAGCAGAUCAUGAACAUGAAGCCGUAUGACCUGCGCCGCCGCCUGUACAUCAUCAUGCGAGGAGAGGAGGGCCUGGACUACGGCGGCAUCGCUAGGGAGUGGUUCUUCCUCCUGUCCCACGAGGUGCUCAACCCCAUGUACUGCCUCUUCGAGUACGCUGGCAAGAACAACUACUGCCUGCAGAUCAACCCUGCCUCCUCCAUCAACCCUGACCACCUCACCUACUUCCGCUUCAUCGGCCGCUUCAUCGCCAUGGCUCUGUAUCAUGGGAAGUUCAUUGAUACUGGCUUCACGCUGCCCUUCUACAAGCGGAUGCUGAACAAGCGGCCCACGCUGAAGGACCUGGAAUCCAUCGACCCUGAAUUUUACAACUCCAUCGUCUGGACCAAGGAGAACAGCCUGGAGGAGUGCGGCCUGGAGCUGUACUUCAUCCAGGACAUGGAGAUCCUGGGCAAGGUGACCACCCACGAGCUGAAGGAGGGUGGUGAGAGCAUCCGGGUGACAGAGGAGAACAAGGAGGAGUACAUCAUGCUGCUGACGGACUGGAGGUUCACGCGGGGCGUGGAGGAGCAGACCAAGGCUUUCCUGGAUGGCUUCAACGAGGUGGUGCCGCUGGAGUGGCUGCGGUACUUCGAUGAGAAGGAGCUGGAGCUGAUGCUGUGCGGCAUGCAGGAGAUCGACAUGAACGACUGGCAGAAGAAUACCAUCUACCGGCACUACACCAAGAACAGCAAACAGAUCCAGUGGUUCUGGCAGGUGGUUAAAGAGAUGGACAACGAGAAGAGGAUCCGGCUGUUGCAGUUUGUGACGGGGACCUGCCGCCUGCCCGUCGGGGGGUUCGCGGAGCUCAUCGGCAGCAACGGGCCCCAGAAAUUCUGCAUCGAUAAAGUUGGCAAAGAGACGUGGCUGCCUCGGAGCCAUACAUGCUUUAACCGUCUGGAUCUCCCUCCCUACAAGAGCUACGAACAGCUGAAGGAGAAGCUGCUUUAUGCGAUUGAGGAGACGGAAGGAUUUGGACAGGAGUGACGGAGCUUUGGCGCUUUCCCGGGAUGGGGAGGGCCCUUGGAGCGCUGCCGGCCACGAGGUCCUGCCUGCCGGCGCCCGCGGAGCCCAGCGCCGAGCCCUCUCCGCAGGAUGAUGCGCAGGCAGCUGCGGACGCUCUUGCUCUUGUUCCUGUGCGAGAUCUGCACUAAUGCAGCCCUGGGGGAAACGAGUCCACGUUUCCCUCCCCAAACAAAUUUGAGGUGUGCUGGGGAGGUGGACGCAAAAGCCUGGCUCUGCUCAGCUCAUGAGGGGCGCGGGCUGGCGCAGAGGGGACGGGGUGAAGCCCUGGGCCUUGGCAAGCAGCGUGUGGUGCACCGAGGCUCCCCGGUCCCCCCUCGCCGACACAGUUAAAUGAGAUCUGGUUUUGGCACAGGCUAUUUUUCCCCUUAGUGUUUUCUGCCUUUUCAUAGCGUUUUAAUAAAUGCGGGGGAGGAGGGGAAAUGAAAUGGCUCUCGAACCAACUCUCAGGUCACAUUUGGGCCCUAUCCUGCACCCAGCAAAGGUAACAGGGAACCCCCAGCUGAUGCUGCUGGGGCCGAUGCACAGUGCGAGGGCCGGGAUGGCCCCUUCCUGCGCCAGACCUGUGGCUGCCCGGAGCCAGGGCCUGGCUGACCAUGUCCGUUGCGUGCUUUGAUUUGCAAGCGUGUGGCCCCUGUGCAGUUGUAUGUAGUAGUUCAGUGGUUUGUUGCUCGGAGGUGGUGCUUAGCAGCAGCCUCGGGGGCUCCGGCCACGGUCGGGGCACAUCUGGCCUUUGCUUGGUUCGUGGGUUCAGUCCAAACUCCCCGUGUUUCCUCUGUUGCCGGCCGGGCUGGUGGCAGGAGCUCCCGGAGCUGUGGGUAAGGGCAGGAUCAGGCCCCUGCCCCUCGCCUGGGUGCCACCUCCGCUGCUGUCCGCGUCCCCCCCACCCCCUCCCAUUGUGCACGGGGGAGACGCACCUGCGCGAGCGUUGGUGUACAUAGCUGUACAUAAAGGAAGUCUAUGGAUACAAGACACUGCAAUAGCUUUUGACCGGUAACCGGAUAGUUUUGUACUGCACCAUCCUGCCUCAGCGACGCCGACUUCUUGUGCAAUAAAGGAUCAGCAGCUGCCGAGGUGCGUGU